AUGUCCGAAGUGACUUCACGGACGUCCGCCUCGCGUGGCAGAGGCUCUGGCCGCGGUGGUAGAGGAGGUUUCGCCGGUCGCGGCGGCCGACGAACCAAUGGCGACAAGCCCGACCACAGUACCGCUGAUUCCCAAGGUGCAUUCGAAGAUGAAGGAGACUUUGGCGAGCUUCGAAAGCAAUAUGGCGACAAGACUUCGGUGAUUCGUGAGAUGUUCCCCGACUGGUCUGAGGCCGAUGUCCUUUUUGCUCUCCAGGAAACAAACGGCGACGAGAACGAAGCCGUCACCCGCAUUGCUGAGGGAACAAUCUCUCAAUGGGGCGAGGUCUCAAAGCCCAAGAAGGCUUCCCGAGCUAAGGUUAAGGACCAAGCUCCCGCAUCUUCGAACGACGCGACGUCUACUGGACCCCGAGCCACUCGUGGCGGCCGAGCAGUAUCUGAGGGAGGCCGUGGCCGAGGCCGAGCUACAGAUCGAGGAGGCCGUAGCACACGUGGCCGACCCUCUGCCGCUCCCACUAACGGCGCUGGAACCAAGGACAGCUCAGCCUUGUCUGUUCCCACAGAGGAGUCAUCUGCUUGGGGCACUAAGGAACCUAAGAAGGAUAUCUCAGAGGAGAACCAGCCCAUUGCUGAACAACCUGCCCCAUCUGCAACAACAGAGGCACCCAAGCCUGCUGCCCCUGCAGUGAAGACCUGGGCAAGCAUGCUCCGUCAGUCCGCUCCGCCCAAGGCCCCGCCCAAGCCAAAAGAAGCUCCUGCUGCUCCUCAGCCAGCUGCUGAACAAGCUGAAACUGAAACUGCCCCCGAACCUAUCGAACCCGAGGCUGAGGUCGUGCCCGAGCCCGAGUCCGAAAACGUACCUGCCCCUGCCGUCGACGAAGCUGAUGAGACUACACCCGUUGUCGAUACCGCUACUCCCGCCGAAGUUCCUCACGUUAAUGUAGAGCCCGAGGUGGCUCUCCCCCCCUCCAAGGACGAGCUUACCGAAUCAAAUCUUGAACAGGUUGUUGACGAAUCCAAACCGCCUCCGACUGGCACUGUAGCAAGCACCGCCGCUGACUCUUGGGACCCUCGACAGAACCCUGCAAGUAUUACUGCUACACCCAUCUCUGCUGCUCAGCAGCAGCAUGCUGCCCCUCCCAGCGGAUUCGCUGCUACCGCUGCUAAAGCUACAGCUGAGCGAACCGCCCGUACUCCCAGCCAUCAUCACCAUCAGCGCCGUGUCCUCGACCAGGAAGAAGCUGUGCGUAUGCCUGGCAACCGAGAGGUUGACCGAGCUGCUGUCCAAUUUGGAGCCUUUAGCCUGAAUGGUGAAGAAGAUAUUGACGGCGACCGAGAGGAGCCCGAAACUAGAGCUCAACCCCCCGCCGACUCGCCUAUCACCCAUCCUCGGACCUCGCUUCCUCCCGCUACUCAGGCGGCUGUCCCCGACUCAUUCGCACAGAAGCCCACUUCUACAGUUGCUCCUAUCGCAGCUCCUACCGCUCCAGCUGCGCAGGCGCAGGCUCAGAUUCCUGGGCAAGGUCCUGCUAGCGCUCAGCAAUACGGUCGAUUUGGCCAGGCUGGUGUUCAGGAGACAGUCGGAGUCCCCCAGAAGCCACUGGACCCCUUUAACCAACAGAGCACUCCCUCUACUCAACCUCCCUUCGACAACUUCGCUGCUCAGACUUCCCAAGCGCAACAGCCUGGUGGGGCUUUCAGCUCCGCUCCCAGCGAUUACUCCUCCUACUACACUGCGAACCAAUCCGAUCGAAACCCCUACAACUACUAUGGCCAACAGUUCGGCCAGCAAGGAGGACAGGGCCAGCAGGAUGGCACUGCGUCUCAGCAGCGGCCUUUUGGUGGCUAUGGGGCAUCUCAGGUUGAUAACCUGAGCCAAUACCCGCAGAGCGGUCUGCACAACCAACCCCGGUUUGGCGGAAGUGCUGUGGAUGCUCAGAACAGCGGAAACAGCACUCCCAACCCUACUACACAGCCUCAGCAACAGCAGCCUCAACAGCCAGGCCAGCAGCAGCAGCCAGGCCAGGGAUCACAGCCUCAGUCACACGGCCAGCAGUAUCCCGGCUACAACCACCCCUACUACAGCAACCCGUAUUAUCAUCAGUACUACUCUGGAUACGGCCAAGGCGGGUUUGGCCCAUAUGGUAAGGGUGGCAUGUAUGGCCAGCCCUACGGCAUCUCUCCCAAUGCCCCCUAUGAUCACAGCUCAUCGCCUGCUGGAUUUGCCCAGUCUUCUCUUCAUCGAGACAGUGGUUUGGGCUCUGGUCUUGGCGAUUAUGGCCGCGCGGCUACAACCCAGGCUGGCAGUCAGCCCGGCCUUGGUGGAAGCGCUUUCAACAGCGUCCAUGAUACCUUCAAUCGUGGAGGCUCCGCUUUCCCGUCCCAGGGUCAGUCGUUCAACAGCCCAGCGCAGCCCGGCAAUGCCACGGCUGAUGACCUGAAGCCAUUCGGCGAGCCCAAGGCCGCUUCUGGUCCUUCUCCCUCCCUGGGCGGAGCUCGACCUGGUUCCGCUACCAACGCCCCGCCUGCUCAGAGCGGUCUCCCGCCCCCCCAGAAUGUUGGUGCGUAUGGCGGUUAUCCUAGCCAUCUUCAAGGCCAUGGCCUCCAUGGUAGCAAUGCAUAUGGUAUGGGCGGUAACGCGGGUACCAACCAGCACGGAAAUAGUCCCUAUGGGUCAUACGGACAGGGUUUCAGCGGCAGCGGUUACUACAGUGGCAACCAGCAGCAGCAGCAACAACAACAGCAGCAGCAGCGCGGCGGCUGGGGAGGCAACUAUCAUUAG